AGAAGAAGAAGAAGAAGAAGAAGAAGAAGAAGAAGAAGAAGAAGAAGAAGCUGCUGCUGCUGCUUUUGCUGCGCGUGCCCGAACCCUCCGUGCUCCCGGUGCGCGCGCGUUUGGACCGAACCGGGCCGGCCUGCACGCGCCUCACACCGAACCCCGCCGUGCACGCGCCGUCAUCACCAUGGAAACCGAGGAAGACCUGUACGAGGUGGAGCGUAUCGUGGACAGGCGGCGCACCUGUCAGGGGCAGGUGCAGUACCUGGUCAGGUGGAGAGGUUACGGCUCCGACUGCGACACCUGGGAACCUGAAGAACAUCUACAGAGCUGCUCCCCACACGUCCACGACUUCAACCAGCGCCUGCUCAAAGAGCGUCACAGAGUCCUGCAGAGGUCGACCCACAGACUGAACCCCGGCCCUGCCCCCAGCCCCGGCCCCGCCCACAGCCUCAGGGACCUGAACCGGUCCGGGAUCAAGAUCCUGGUCCCGAAAAGCCCCAUGGUCCAAGUCCAGGAGCAGGAUCAGGACCAAUCCAGACCUCUGCCAGACUCUGUCCCAGCGAGCAGCCCCGCCCUCGAGACUCAGUGCGUUGGGACUAAAGCCGCUCUGGGACCUGGAGAAGAACGAGCUCGAAUGGGGACGAGACCAAGAUCCAACCAGAACCAGAACCGGGUCCCUGUGAACCCCGGAGCCCUGAGGCCCGUGUCGGGCUCAGGUGCGGCGCUGUUGGAGGGCGUGGCCAAUGGCGGUGGCGUUUCCGCGGCGAAACGGCGCCUGGACGAACGCUUCGACAAACGUCUGCGCUUCAGCGUGAGACAAACGGAGAGCGCCUACCGCUACCGCCACCUGGUGGUCAGGAAGCAGGAAGGAUUUACUCACAUCGUCCUGUCCACCAGGAACUCGCAGAACAACGCCCUGAACCCCGAGGUGAUGCGGGAGCUGCAGGGCGUCAUGGCGACCGCGGCGUGUGACGACUCGAAGCUCCUCCUCCUGACGUCUGUGGGACCCGUGUUCUGCUCCGGACUCGACUUCCUCUGGUUCCUCCCAAAACUCACCGAGGACCGAAGGAGGGAGAGCGCACGCAUGGCCGAGGCCCUGAGGACUUUCGUAAACGCCCUGGUGCAGUUCCCGAAGCCGCUGGUUGCCGCGGUGAACGGGCCGGCGGUGGGUUUGGGGGCGGCCAUCUUGGGGCUGUGUGACGUGGUCUGGGCCAAUGAGAAAGCCUGGAUCCAGACGCCGUACGCCCAGUAUGGACACACCCCCGACGGGUGCAGCUCCUACACUCUGCCGCUCAUCAUGGGCCCUGCCGCCGCGGGCGAGCUGCUCCUGGGCGGGCGCAGACUCACGGCGUUGGAGGCGUGUUCUCGUGGUCUCGUGUCUCAGGUGCUCUGGCCUCACACCUUCAACCAGGAAGUACAGCGGCGAAUCAGAGAGCUGCUCUCAGCCGACGCCCAGCUGGGCCCUGACACAGACCUGCUUAACUUUUGCAGCCGAUUGGAAAGGGGGCCAUUGUCUGCAGCACAAAGGUCUCUAUCGCGCUCAUUGCUUAUUCAGACCCACGGGACGGACGGUUGUGUGGGGGGUGCGUGCGGGGGGAGCGGAGCUGGGGGGAUAACUGAGAGCCCGAUGGAGCCUAGGUGA